AUGCCUGCAACAGCCGCCACAGCAGCUGGCGAUAACCCCUUGCAUGCCGUUCUCACCGAAAUGCUCUCGGACGCGCGUGGCGGAUCCGUGAAACUGGCAGGCGUGACGCCUACCCAAGGAAAUUGGAGGACACGGCAGGUGAUUCGGGAGCUGAAGGGGAUCAGGUCAGCGGAAGAUCUUUUUUUGACGGAGUACCAGAUUCGAGGGGUCGUCACAAGCCAGGAGACACGGUGCCGUGUGAAACUGCUUAACGCCUUCCUCUCUUAUCAAUAUCUCGCGGAGGAGCAGGCAUCGGUGCGUGAGGAGGAGGAGUGCUGCCGCCAAACCUUGACACGUGGAGCUCUUUCUGUGUUGCGCCAUGAGUCCAGCCUGCUAAGUCUUGUGGGACGUGAAAUGUGCGGUAGAUAUUCACUUCUGCUGGCGUGGAGAGGGGAGAGAGCGGAGUUUAGGAAGUGUCACAAGUUGGAAGUUUUGGCACUAAAGGAGCAAAGCCUUCGUCGACUCCUGACGCAAGCAGAGGGCAUAAGCCGCAUGGAAACUGAACGGAGGCGUUUCCUGGCAGUGGGGCGUGAGAUUGACAUGGAGCUUCAGCUGCAAAUGUUUUGCCGGAUUACUUCGGCGGCCCGCUCGAGGCUAACCAAGUUUACGCUUGAUCUUGCGUUGCUCACUGCAGACGAGGAGCGUGAGCGGUGUUCGUUGGAAAAACUUUAUUUGCUUAAACUUAGUUUGCUGGCAAAUGACCAUGAGAACGCCGCGGCAAGAUUGGUUGUUACCUCUGUCAUGCGUGCCUCCCUCAUGCGGCGGAAAUUGCAGGACGACGCGCAGCGGCGGGAGCAAGCCUCAAGGUUUCUUCUAUUGCCUGCUAAAGAGCUAGAUAUUCGUGGCAUCAUUGAAAGAAAAGAAAUGGAGGAGCGUCAGACAAUGCGAGUGAGUUUCUUAACGACAUGGCGCGGUGCAUUUAAACGUACAAUGUACCCUAACGAGGGUGCCGCUAUUUUAGACCGACUUGAACUGUACGAGCGCCGCGGCGUAUUUGACCAGUGGCGAUUUGGUUUUAACGCACUUAACGAGCGACAGGAACGCGAACGGCGUGCUCUUGUAUGCCGCGAGACAGCUUGUGAUAUUUUCUUUCAAUUUGUUGCUGAUACGCUCUCUGCCUUGUGGAGAGAAGAAGGCGAACAUUUUAAUGUACUACUUAAGCGGUACUCGGAAUUUGUCUGGUCGAGCCGUAUGCUUCGAGCUACGACGGUGUUGGAUUUUGAAGAGCGCGCGGCACGUCAGCGGAUUAUUGAGGCGGAGGCACGGGAGUCCAUAAAAGCGCGUUCCUCGCUUUAUCUUCACCACUGCAUAGAGGCCGCGCUGCGGGGAGCCGCGUCCAUCACGGAGAUGGAGGCUGCAUGUCGUCUUUCUCUGAUGCAGGGGCACGUGAGGGCUGUGGCGGAGGCCGACCUUCAACACUUGCUCCAUGAGGAGGAGUGCCUCCGCCUUGAGGUCGACUUCGAGGCCAGCGCCGCGUGGUCAGAGAUUGUUCUACAAGAGAGUGCGCCGCGUGGCCGAGACGUAGGCUCAUUAGAGGGCUUGGAAGAAGCCCAGCGUACACUUCACGUGCGACAGGAGCAUCGACGUUUCACGGAUCACAAGUUGAGGUCAGUAAUGCGUGUGGAAGCGAGCAAACGAGGUCUUCUCCGCGAGGAGGAAGUAGAGGGUCGUGUGGGUGCUUACGCCUUUGUCCUAGCGCAGGUGGAGGCGUGGAACCGAUUGGAACUCCAGGCCGAAAGUCAAGACAACUUGUUGCGCAUUUUGUUCCGCGCCACGGAGCACCGUGAACAACUUGAGCGGGCGGUCCUGGCGCAGUGUGAACGCGAGAGACGUGAAUUUAUUUUUGGUAGCUUUGACUACGCUUUGCCGCACCUGCGGGCCUGCGAGGUGGAUGAGUUAGAUGGCCGCCUAGACAUUAUCAAUGAGGCUGAACUCACUAUGGGAGCAUUGGCGUGCAGGUGGGGACGAAGUUACCGUCUGGCAUACUGCUCAGAGGAGCUCCGCCUAAGCCAAUGCAUCUUGCGCUUUAUGUCGUUGACGGAGCUAUUUCAGUGCCGAGAAGUGGAAUUGCUGGGCAUUGCCGAGCCGCUGUCCCGCAGGGAGGUCGUCGACAGGGAGAUAUUAGAGCGGUUACUCCGGUCGCUGGAGGCUCAUGAGGAGCGGGGGCGAAUCCGGAUAAAAAAGGCAGCCACCGACGCUUACAACGCCACUCAGGACUUGUUUGACCGUGUGCUUUCGCGUGCGGAUGAAUGGCGAACGAGAGGAGUACUACGGGAGCCCGUGGUUCUCACUGCAAGGGAGGAGCUCAUCGACUACUUUCGUCGUCAAGAGACGUCAGUGGCGGUGCGUCUUCGCGCCCAACAGGUGAAAACUAGAGAGCAGCUUGGGUCAUUUUUUACCGAUUUUUACUGGGGUCGUGACACCAUUGUGGUGGAGGAAUUUGUUGGACGUGAAGGCAUUAUGGAGGCUCUGCGUCGACCACAUCUUCCCUUGCGUGCCAUGGGGCAAGAGUCUGGGUCGGAACUCGUCGUGCGGCUCCACAGCAUCGCCCUGAUGACAAGCGAUGCAUUGCAGCCGCCAUUCAUCAAAGUGUAUGACUCCGUGGAUAACGUGGGAGUGACAUGCGAGAUGUAUGAGGCACAGUCUUUGGUCGCCGCCGGCCGCAUCUUUCGUGUCUGCUUCCCCCUGCGGCCGAUGAGGUGGGUUCGACACCUGACGAACGAGAGCAAUGUGCUCUACUUUGAGGUCAGCGAUCAGGAGGGAAACGUGGUUGCGACUGCCUCUCUAUUUAUUAGAAGCGAAGACUUGAAGCGUACCCCUGGCGCCACAGUUGCCUCACUUCCCACGGACGACAAGCAUGGAAAGAUGAACGUGGUCCUGUAUGUACACUAA